AUCGACUUCCGUCUUACACUUAUCGACAAUUUCAAGCCUCUUUCUUCGGCCUGACGCAACUGCAACAUUCAUUUAUCUUGACGGAAAACGACCGAAUAUCCAGGGAAGAUGGAAACUCCUGGAUCCGUCGAGUCGAAAUGGCUGACUCAACUGGCGGCCAUGCGCCAGGCCAUUGCCGAUCUGAACCUCCCGAAGGACCCCGCGAAUGACCAGCUCGGCUACGGCAGCGACUUAGAAUUGGACCUGGAUGACGAGUAUUCCUCGCCCGGGACAGUCGAUGAUAUCUGGGAUGUCAUCAGUUCCGACGAUGAAUCGAGUGCCGGCUCCGAUGAGAUCGACGGGUUUGCCUUGUCCUCAGAUGGCCUAUCCUACGACCAAAUCUGGCUGGAACAGAAAUGCCAGGGUCUCGCUAUUCAAAAGCCCGGGUUGGAUGUGAUGGAGCUGGUGCAGCAAAUCACCGCAGCGCUGGCUGCUGACAGCGGCGACGACGAGCUCCAAAUGUCCCUCGCCGAGAUCGUGGGAUUCGACGACUUGGAAUUUGUGAUCGAGCUGAUUGCGCACCGGGCGGAUAUUCUGUCGAGCAUGCGGAAUGGCGUCGAGGCCCAAACCGAUGGUCUGAUGUCCGGGAAAUUGCAGACAAAAGCGGAGCGGGAGCAGGCGUUGUGGCAACAGGACUUUGACCAUAAACAUGCCCCAUUGUUGCCGGCGCAGUCGAGAAGUGAACCGCAGUACCCCCAUGUUUUCAAGACCCAUGACACGAGAAAUACUCUUGCGCUGGGAGGGAAGAAAUAUGGUUUGCCGCUGGGCAGUAAGCAGGUGGAGGAACAACGGUACACUGAAUGCGAGAUCCCAGCGUCAAAGGUUGGUUCGCUGGCAGCUAAUCAGAAACUGGUCGAGAUUGCUUCUCUGGACGGACUGUGCCAGGGAACAUUCAAGGGCUACAAGACUCUGAAUCGCAUGCAAAGUCUGCUGUACGAAGUCGCUUACAAGACGAACGAGAACAUGUUGAUCUGUGCUCCGACUGGUGCUGGUAAAACCGAUGCUGCCAUGCUGACGAUUCUGAACGCCGUCGGGAAAAAUACGAUUCCAAACCCGCUGGAGCAACCGGAAGCGACCGAGUUUGCGGUUCAAGUGGACGAUUUUAAAAUUGUUUACGUUGCACCCAUGAAGGCCCUGGCUGCUGAAGUCACUGAGAAACUUGGAAAACGACUCGCGUGGCUCGGAAUUCAGGUUCGCGAGUUGACUGGCGAUAUGCAACUGACCAAACGGGAGAUUGUGGAAACCCAGAUCAUUGUCACUACCCCUGAAAAAUGGGACGUGGUGACGCGGAAGAGCACUGGAGACACUGAACUUGUCCAGAAGGUGCGCUUGUUGAUUAUCGAUGAAGUUCACAUGCUUCAUGAUGAGCGUGGUGCCGUUAUCGAAUCUCUCGUGGCCCGGACUCAGCGUCAGGUUGAGAGCACCCAGUCUCUUAUUCGCAUAGUGGGGCUGUCUGCUACACUGCCGAACUAUGUCGAUGUUGCCGACUUCCUUAGGGUCAACAAGAUGGCUGGGUUGUUCUACUUUGACGGUUCUUUUCGACCGGUUCCUCUUGAACAACACUUUAUUGGUGUCAAGGGCAAGCCGAACUCCAAGCAGUCUCGCGAGAACCUUGACAUUGUAUCUUAUGAGAAGGUGCGUGAUAUGCUUGAGGAGGGGCAUCAGGUCAUGGUCUUUGUACAUUCGCGGAAAGAUACUGUCAUGACAGCACGGAUGCUCAAGCAAAUGGCUGCGGAGGAUGGGUGUGAGAACCUCUUCAGCUGUCAAGACCACGAAGACUACUCGAACGCUCUAAAAGACAUGAAACAUGCUCGUGCUCGAGAGUUGAGAGAUUUAUUCGCCAGUGGCUUUGGCACACAUCAUGCAGGAAUGAGCCGAAGUGACCGUAAUCUGAUGGAGCGCAUGUUCUCUGAAGGUUUAAUCAAGGUACUAUGCUGUACGGCCACGCUUGCCUGGGGUGUUAACCUCCCUGCCGCGGCCGUUGUCAUCAAGGGAACCCAGCUGUAUAACCCCCAGGAGGGUAAAUUUGUCGACCUCGGUAUCCUGGACGUGCUGCAAAUCUUCGGUCGUGCCGGUCGUCCACAGUUCCAGGACACGGGUAUCGGCUUUAUUUGCACAACACACGAUAAGCUUUCUCACUAUCUUUCGGCAGUGACUUCUCAGCAACCGAUCGAAUCUCGGUUUUCUAGUCGACUUGUCGAUAAUCUCAACGCGGAAAUUUCUCUAGGAACUGUCACUUCGGUGCCAGAGGCAGUGCAAUGGCUGGGAUAUUCUUAUCUUUUCGUGCGCAUGAAACGCGAACCGCGCAAUUAUGGAAUUGAAUUCGCCGAGAUUAGAGAUGAUCCCAUGCUCGUCCAGCGACGCCGCCAGCUUAUCAUCCAGGCUGCUCUGGUUCUGCAAAAAAGUCAAAUGAUUAUCUACAACGAGAAGACGGAAGAACUUCGCGCGAAAGAUGUUGGCCGUAUUGCAAGUCAGUACUAUGUACUGCAAACUAGCGUUGAAAUUUUCAAUGAGAUGAUGCGUCCUCGAGCCGGUGACGCGGACGUGUUGAAGAUGAUCAGUAUGAGCGGCGAGUUCGACAACAUCCAAGCACGAGAGAGCGAAUCGAAGGAGCUUAACAGGCUUCGCGAUGAAGAAAUCCAGACAGAAGUAGAGGGAGGAAACGACUCACCCCACGCAAAGACCAACAUUCUACUUCAGUCGUACAUCUCGCGUGCCAAGAUUGAGGACUUUGCUCUUGUUUCAGAUUCAGGAUAUGUGGCCCAAAACGCGGCUCGUAUCUGCCGUGCACUAUUUAUGAUUGCUUUGAAUCGGCGCUGGGGAUACCAGUGCGAGGUACUCUUGUCAAUGUGCAAGUCUAUUGAGAAGCAGAUCUGGCCUUUCGACCACCCUUUCCACCAGUUUGAUUUGCCUCAACCUGUCUUGAAGAAUCUGGAUGAGAAGCUGCCUUCUUCUUCUAUCGAGGCCAUGAGAGAUAUGGAGACCGCUGAAAUCGGACAGCUAGUCCACAAUCACCGCAUGGGAAAGACGUUGACGAAAUUGAUCGACAACUUUCCCACCCUCAGUGUGGAAGCUGAGAUCUCACCAUUGAAUCGUGAUGUUUUGCGCAUCCGGCUUUGCAUUUACCCCGAUUUCGUCUGGAAUGAUAGGCACCAUGGCGCUUCGGAAUCUUACUGGAUCUGGGUUGAGAAUUCGGAGACAUCUGAAAUCUACCACCAUGAGUACUUCAUUCUGAGCCGGAAGAAACUCCAUGACGAUCAUGAGCUGAACUUCACUAUCCCUCUCUCGGAUCCAUUGCCAAGCCAGAUAUACGUUCGUGCGAUUUCUGAUCGAUGGCUAGGAGCGGAGAGUGUGACUCCUGUGUCGUUCCAGCACCUGAUCCGUCCUGACACAGAGAGCGUAUACACAGAUCUCCUCAACCUGCAGCCGCUUCCAGUGUCGGCUCUUAAGAACCCAAUUCUGGAAGAGUUGUAUGGACAACGGUUCCAGUUCUUCAACCCGAUGCAGACUCAGAUCUUCCACAUGCUCUAUCACACCCCAGCGAAUGUCUUGUUGGGUUCUCCGACAGGAAGUGGAAAGACAGUGGCUGCAGAGUUGGCCAUGUGGUGGGCUUUCAGAGAAAAGCCAGGAUCCAAGGUUGUGUACAUCGCACCCAUGAAAGCUCUCGUUCGCGAGCGUGUCCAGGAUUGGAAGAAACGCUUGACCGCAGCGAUGGGUCUCAAAUUGGUUGAGUUGACUGGUGAUAACACCCCUGACACCAGGACCAUCCGGGACGCUGAUAUUAUCAUCACAACGCCCGAAAAAUGGGAUGGUAUUUCUCGUAGCUGGCAAACCAGAGACUACGUGCGGAAGGUUAGCCUGGUCAUUAUUGAUGAGAUCCAUUUGUUGGGAGGUGAUCGAGGUCCCAUUCUCGAAAUCAUUGUUUCCCGAAUGAAUUACAUAGCCUCGCAGUCAAAGGGUUCUGUACGACUGAUGGGCAUGUCUACGGCUUGCGCGAAUGCCUCCGAUCUCGCCAAUUGGCUUGGAGUCAAGGAAGGGUUGUACAAUUUCCGGCACUCUGUUCGUCCUGUGCCUCUGGAAAUCUACAUCGAUGGAUUCCCUGAGCAACGGGGCUUUUGCCCUCUCAUGCAGUCGAUGAACCGACCAACAUUCCUUGCUAUCAAGAAUCACUCCCCCGAGAAGCCAGUGAUUGUUUUUGUCGCUUCUCGUAGACAGACCCGUUUGACCGCCAAGGAUUUGAUCAAUUAUUGCGGUAUGGAGGAUAACCCUCGUCGGUUUGUUCGCAUGUCUGAGGACGACCUGCAAUUGAACCUUGCACGAGUCAAGGAUGAAGCCUUGAGAGAAGCGCUCAGUUUCGGUAUUGGGUUGCAUCACGCUGGUUUGGUUGAAUCUGACCGACAGCUGUCCGAAGAACUGUUUGCAAACAACAAGAUCCAGAUCCUUGUCGCGACAAGUACCCUUGCCUGGGGUGUUAACCUUCCGGCACAUCUUGUUGUGGUCAAAGGAACGCAAUUCUUUGAUGCUAAAAUAGAAGGCUAUCGGGACAUGGACCUGACCGAUGUCCUGCAGAUGUUGGGUCGUGCAGGACGUCCACAGUUCGACUCGUCUGGUAUUGCACGUAUCUUUACUCAAGACUCGAAGAAGGCGUUCUACAAGCACUUCUUGCAUACUGGAUUUCCGGUUGAGUCUACCCUGCACAAGGUUCUGGAUAACCAUUUGGGCGCCGAAGUUUCGGCUGGUACCAUCGCAACUAAGCAGGACGCCUUGGACUAUUUGACAUGGACAUUCUUCUUCCGAAGACUGCACAAGAAUCCGUCUUACUACGGUCUCGAGAUUUCAGCUGAAGAGCACAACACCAUUGCCGCCCAAACCAUUGCUCAAGACUUCAUGAUCGAGCUGGUCGACAAGUCGCUCGGUGAACUGGCUGAAUCGUCGUGUGUCAUCUUUGAUUCUGCAACGGGCGAUGUCGACCCUACUCCGUUCGGCAAGAUCAUGAGUUACUACUACCUCUCGCACAAGACAAUCCGUUUCCUGAUGACGCAUGCGAAGUCCAACCCUUCGUUCCAAGACGUGCUGAGCUGGAUGUGCUCUGCGACUGAAUUCGACGAGCUGCCCGUCCGACACAACGAAGACCUCAUUAACGCCGAACUCGCCCGCAACCUGCCCCUAUCCGUCGAAUCCAUGGGCGACCUUCCCCUCUGGGAUCCCCACGUGAAGGCCUUCCUCCUUCUCCAAGCCUACAUGUCGCGAAUCGACCUCCCCAUCUCCGAUUACGUCGGUGAUCAAACCUCCGUCCUGGACCAGGGAAUCCGUAUCCUGCAAGCCUCCAUCGACGUCAUGGCCGAGAUGGGCUACUUCCGAGCCUGCCACCUCCUCAUGUCCCUCCUCCAAUGCAUCAAAUCCGCCCGAUGGCCCGAAGACCUCUCCUUCUCCAUCCUCCCUGGCAUCGAGCUCGGCGAGAAGCCGCGUGCCCUCCCUGACUCCCUCGCCGCGCUCUCUUCCCAACCCCCGGCAUCCAUCUCCUCCCUCGCCCGCAAACUCCACCUCCCCUCCUCCACCGCCGCCCAAUUCACCAAGGCCGCCUCUUUCCUCCCUCACCUCUCCAUCUCCGUCCCUACCGUCUCCCCCACCGGCAUCACCGUCUCCAUCACCCGCCGCAACCCGCCCACAAAACCCGACCACCAAAUCUACGCCCCUCGCUUCCCCAAACCCCAAACAGAGGGCUUCUUCCUGAUCGUCUGCACCGCCACCCCAGACGGCCAGGACGGCGAUCUCCUCGCGCUGAAGCGCAUCUCGUGGCCGUCGUUCAAUAAACAGCGCAGCAUCGCGGGGAGCGCCGGCUCGAGCAGGAACCCCAGCGAGAACAAGAAACCUCACGCAAAGGGCCCCUUGACGGUCCGCUCGUCGGUCAAGUUCCCAGGCCUGGUGCUUGCCGAGACGUCGGAGCUUCGUGUCAAUAUCAAGGUCAUUAGUGAUUCGUACCCGGGCAUGGAGUGGGACUUGCUCAAUGUGAAUGUCGACUUGGGGGCUGGGAAGCAGAAGCAGCAGGUUGUGGAGGAGUCGGCGAAUUAUCCGGCGAAAGAGUGAUUUGGUUGAGCUGAGCUUCUGGGGCUUGGUUGUCCCCUCUCUCGCGUUCUAGAGGAUCAUGCAUUCACCAUAGAGCCUUUUGUUGAUACUGGUAAAUAAUAUUUGGUUGGAAUGUCAAUAUUAAAAGAGCUACGAAAGACAGCGAGAUAAUUGAUAC